AUGGAAAAUGACCGUAAAAGUAAUGAAACCGUUGAAGAUUUAUUCUUCAAAUUUAUGGACGCUCAAGAUUGUCCCGAAAUCACAAGUGCUUUUGGACAACUGGUGAAACUUCUUGGUAUAAAAUCUGAUAAUCCGCGCGAAUUUUAUUCGUUGCUUAAGGGAAAACUUCAAACGUGGAGGUGUAAAUCUCUUUGGGAACUGUUAGAUUGUCGGGCUAAUCAGAAGGAAUACGGCAAGGGAAAAAUAUGCGAAGACACUCAAGUAUUAAUCAUUGGUGCAGGUCCGAUCGGCUUGAGAACUGCUGUUGAAGUUGCUCUGCUUGGUGCACGGGUUGUGAUUGUGGAGAAGAGAGAGUCUUUUGUGCGAAAUAAUGUUCUUCAUCUUUGGCCAUUUCUCCUUACGGAUUUCCGCUCACUUGGAGCAAAGAAAUUCUACGGAAAGUUCUGCUCUGGCUCUAUCGACCACAUUAGUAAGUAGAGUAUUAUUAGGGCAAUUUUUGUUUGUGAUUAAUGGUUUCACUAAUUGUUUUGCGUGUCACUAAUGUUCAUAGAUCUUUGAGUGCACACUUAAGGUUUCAGGUUUGUGCAAAUCAUCGACUGAUUCAGUAAGAACUUGUAUGUGUGUAUAGACUUAUUUCCAUACCGCCUAGUCUCACGUAAUCGCAUAUGAUAAACCAAAUAUAUAAUUGACGAUGCUAAAGCUUUGAAAACAAUAUAAUAUCGGUAUUUCCUUCCACCGCCAGCAGCUCUGAUUCUUGCCUGUAAAACAUGACCUUUCGUAUGUUUCUGAACAAUGAAAAGUUUGAGGGUAUUUCCUUGUGUCGGUCAUUUGAAAGUUUUCGUAAAAAUUUCCGGUCGCUUUUUUAUUUUCAUAACUGAACACCAAUUUGUUGUUUGUUUGAAUUAAUUCACUCUUUGGAAGAGGACAAUCACGUUGUGAAAACACCAUACUUUCGGUCCGUCGAAAGCUGUUGAAAGCAACUUAAUAGCAACCGUUGUAGAUAAAUGCCGUAUUACAUGGAUAGCUGUCAAGGACAUUUAUCUCAUCUGUGUUCCAACUAUUAAGGUCAAGUUUCGUGGCGACAUUAUUAGCGCUUAUAAUCCGCGACUAUACCAUUUGUUUGUGUGAAUAUGGCGGAUUGUUUAUCAUGUUAACGUAAAGCGAAGCAGAUAUAGGUAAUUUUCCAGAAAAUAAUAACGUAAGAAAUUCGAUCCAGUCGCCUACUCACAUACAUUUACACGAAAGGAGUUUAUUAUCAGCGAUGAUAUUUGAGGGGAAUCAUUUUCCAAGCUUGGAUAUGAUUAAAUCUGGCCUUCACGCCAAGAUCAUCACAUAUUCAAAAUUUUGAAGUUGUUUGUUUCCUUGCAGUGUUUACGCUUAAAAGCUAAAUAAAUACAGGAAUGGCAAUUUUAAUUGGCUGUUUAUAAACACUGGCUUCGCACCUGUCUCAAGCAAGAAAGAUUCAGCAAUAAAAAAGUGAUAGCAUUCUUUCCUCAAGCUGUUCAAAACCAGCUUUACAAGAUCUUCGGUUCUUUUGCGAAAGUUUGAAUUAAACUAUAUUUGGAAUAGCCACAAUAACUUUCAGACAAAAUUAAAGCACAUUAGACAAUUGCGACAUUGAUUUUGUAGGUUGUUGCCAUCUAAGUUUACAAAAUUAUUUUUUGUUUCAACUUAUCUUUAACUUGUGCUGACUCAGCCCAAGAGGCUUAAAUUAUCUGUUUGGUUCUGUGUUUAUGAAACGCAAAAUUUGGACUGCAUGGCUUUCAUUUAUAUUUUUAAUUGUUGAUAUCACUGUUUAUGUUAUUUUAAAACUAAUUAACGUUUUGUUCGUCCCCGGUAUCUCCGUACUCUUGGAUGACGCAAAAGUAAAAAGUAACAAUUACGAAUUCGUGCGAAGGUGAAGCACUUCACCGCAGCCAUUUCUUGUUUAAAAAAAAAUUGAUAUGUUCUGACAUGCUGAUCUUCUUGCCAAAUCAAUUACAGUUUGUCUUCAGGCAAUUUGUAUCAGCAUUCGGAAAGAAGAAUACAUUAAACAUACAUAAAUAAUUUAACUAAUGCUCUCUGUGUUUAAAAACAAUUUACAUUCUAUGUUUUCACUGAGUUAAAUAAAGAGAGUUCACUUCGUCAAUUUGACCAGUUGGCCAUUUUACAACUUUCCUCUCAUCUUCGCCGAAGAAAGACUUUACGUGAUAUGGCGCGUCUAAUUUGCGUUUAAUUUAAAAAUGAAUAUUUCAAAUUCUGUUACCAAAUAAUGAAAAGAAAGAGGUUUUUUUCAUAAGGAGCCUUAGGCCAGAGACUCAACACUUACGGUAGCGUUUUAACGGGCAAUUAAUUGAAACUUUUUAAGAAAUUGUGUAAGACGGGCAUUAAAAAAAACAACCGACCGGUGGGAGAUUGACCUUUGCCAAGGUUAGUGUAUUCGGUAUAAGAUCUUUUUCAGCACGAUCACGCCAGUUUAUUUAUAGGCAUCUAAAUAUACCACGGGAGGAAUAAUAUUGAUUCUCUUUUUGCCUCCAGGGGCACACAUAAAAAUAUCGGCAGUAGUUCAUUUUCUCAACUUGAUUUAAUGUAAAUGUUUAGUCUACAUAGUUCAUUUUUUCUCCAAUUCAGUAUGGAACUUUAUUUUUCUCAGAAGACAAAAUGAAACAGGUGUUAUUUAUUGAGCACCUCCAACACGUGCCCUCGAAAGUGGAAAAAUAGCUUGCAUACCGUACUUUGAACGAGAAAACAAGAAAUCAGAUUUUUUCACCACCCCUGCUGUAAAAAAAAACAUACAAAACAAAAAAAAGUAGAAGAGAAGGCAGGAAAUUACGCGCCCUGUCAAAUAAUCUGCGGGCAAGCUCCAUAUCCGCCCUCCGCCCGAUCGUAACCACAGCGAUCUUGCUUACACGCUUGUUGUUAGUAGACUUAGUAGACUAGUCAACUGCUAGUUAUUUAACUUUACGACAAUCGUCGACUUUGAUAUCACCCCGAAUACCAAUAUUGUUUUUCGAAAGCUCCAAGCCUGAGCGGAAAAUUUCGAAGAGCGUUUCCCUUUCUGCAUAUAAUUUUCAGUCACCCUUUCAGAAAGACAUGCCUCAUUAAACUUGCUUUUGUCUAGGUAUUCGCCGACUUCAAUCUGUUCUCCUCAAAACUGCACUUAUCUUUGGUGCCAAGCUGUAUACUGGUGUCACAUUCGACGGUGUGAUCGAACCGAACUCAGUGGAGGAUGGGUGGAGGUGCAAAGUGUCCCCCGCGUCCCACCCUGUUAGUGAGUAUGAAUUUGACGUCCUCAUUGGUGCCGAUGGCAAGAAGAAUGUUAUUCCUGGUUUCCAACAAAUAGAAAUGAGAGGUAAGUGAAGACUUACUUCGUUUUAAAAUUCUCCUCCAUUAAUGAUCUGAACUGAACCCCAAAAAAUAAAUUUAAAUUGAGUAUCAAUUAGGACUUUGUCACCCUCAAAUAACGCCAUAAUUUGCAAAGAGGGACUUGAGUGUGGUCAGAAAAAAAUUAUACUCAAUAUCUUAUUAAUUUUAAAUACUUAACAUAAAUUAUAUACAUAUAGACCACGAAGUUGUGCAAAUCGUUGGACCUCAGAUUCAUUUAUUCAUGAUCCCAGGUAGGGAAAUCGAGCUUUACCUCUCUUAGCUGACAGGCGAUUCUUUGUGACAUAAUUGAAAAAUCAGCCAAAGGCGAAGAUGAAAGAAAAAUGCGCUUGCAGUGAUAACGCUCGAUGUAAAUUGUGGAUCAAUUGCUUUUUUAGGGACGCUCGCCAUCGGAAUAACGGCAAACUUUGUGAAUCACUACACAGAAGACGAAGCUAAUGUGGAGGAGAUUAGUGGCAUCGCGUAUCAGUUUAAUCCGAAGUUUUUUGAUGAGCUCUUUAAACAGAAGGGAAUCAAGCUGGAAAAUAUUGUUUAUUACAAAGAUGAAACACACUAUUUUGUCAUGACUGCUGGUAAAGCAAGCUUACUUAAAAGAGGAGCUCUAAAAGAGGUAAAUGAAUGGAAUUUGUUCAUGCUGUUAUCUCCUGGUCAGUCUAUUAGUAUUUAGAUCAGCAUGCACCCUAACAAAUCGGCCACACUGCUUCCGUAGGGAGAUGGAGAUGGAGAUGGAGAUAUUGUAGCCAAAAAGAAAGUUACUAAUAUCACAGGGUUUGUAUUGGUCAACAGGCUACACCUUAAAAGGACAGGAAAUUAUAGCUAGAAAAGAUACUCUCCGCACUUCUCUUGCUACUGUGGAAUUACUUCACACUGCUUAAAUCGUGAUGCGUCCUCAAAAAAACAUGCGAUUAUCUAAUAAAGAUGAAACUGAUGCCAAUUUUUACUGGUUUUAUCCAUUUCUGCAGGAUUUUGGCCCUUCUGCAAAGCUUCUCUCACCGAACAACAUUGAUCACUCAAAAUUAUUGGAGUAUGUCACAGAUGUGGUCAAGUACGCUACAAAAGGAACCCUGAGGAACUUGGAGCUGAAAAUUGUCGGCAAUAAUCAACCAGAUAUUGCUGCAUUUGAUUUCACUUCGAUCAAAAAAGCUGAACACGCUGCUAGGAUCAUUGAGAGAAAAGGAAGCAAGUUGCUUGUUGGCUUGGUAGGCGACAGCUUAUUAGAGGUCAGUCUCCAAAUUAUCAUUACUAUUUCCUUCUUCUACAUCUGUUGAACACUUUUGAAGAAAAUACGGUUUUGUUGCAUGAAGGCAAAGAGAGUUUAAAAUUAAUUUUAACACAGCCGAAAUAUCUGUCUUAUUUAGCGAUUACUUUUGCUAAUUAAGGCUACUUGUAGUUGUUUUACAGUUAACUUCUUCAUUGCUGAAACUAAAGUUUUGUUAUAUCUCCCCCGACCUGUAGCGGCUGACGAGUAUUUUGGGAUGGUGAUAAAAGAAUAGCAAAAUAUGAACCAGAAAAGAGAGAAAGUGAAAAGGAAAAAAUAAAAUGUUUCAUUUUACGGGAAAGAAUUUUUAACUGUAGUUGCUCAUGCGCGUGAUCGACGACUCGUGCUCAGCAGAGGUUUUCAGUUUUUCAUGCGUUAUCAUUCCUGUUUUACAUAUGUUCAAAAAUGUGCGCAGCUUUGAAAGAUUUUCAUCUUCCUUUCUUCAGCCUUUUUGGCCCACUGGAUCUGGCUGCGCUCGCGGUGUUCUGAGUGCACUAGAUGCGGCAUGGAUGAUUCGUUCAUUUGCACAGGACAAACCACCGCUGCAGAUACUCAGUGAGCGGGAGAACAUCUACCGACUACUUUCAGGGACCAGCUCGGAAAAUCUCCACAAAGAUCACGCAAAGUAUACAAUAAACCCGGCCACACGAUAUCUGCACAUUACACAGAAACGAAUUCGAGAGGUGUACCAUUUGUUUGACACUGAUGAUCCAGUGAACGCCGAUUUCAGUGUCGGAAGCCCUCAGAUAACUGUAUCAAACAAAGGUAAAUUUAGAGCUUUUGUCAGUAGCUAAGUCGUUGGUGUUCGUGUCCCUUCGUGCGCUCGUCAAAACGAGCUUGUAUCUUUGCCUAGAGAGAUGGGACAAUACAUUUCCCCUCUAAGCUCAGAUUACUGUUGAGAUAUCCAAUCAGUUUGAUUGAAUGUUGGGUCUUUACAGCAUCGGUCCAAAGGAGAGAAAACACUUCAUGCAAGGUUUAUGCAAGGGUGUUAACUGCAUUUAUGUAUAUGAUCAUAUACUUAUUCGUCGUUUUUUUCCCUCUCUUUUUCCAGCUUCUCGUAGAAGAAGAAUCAGUACUGGUGCGAAGUAUACUUCAUCUAAAGGUCGGGCACGAGGCCGAGCAGGUUCCCAUCUAGAUAUUGCUGCAACUAGAAUGAGAUCAACUUCGGGAUCUAGCGUGGAAAACUUAGUCUCGCAUAACCCCCUAUCCUCUACACAAUCUGCACCACUCGACAGCAGAGUUCGCGCCAGUACAUUUGAUAGUGAUGAUGAAGUGUUCAAAACAAAAACAAAGCGUGUGAGGAUAAAAGAUUCAGCUAGACGUAGUAGGAGCUCCACUGUGGGUAGUUCAGGCGAUGAACUCAAAGACACAAGGAAAAAAUCCGCAAGAAAGCGAUCUAUGACGAAAUACAAUCCGGAAAAUCCGAAAGAAAACACUCGCCGCAAAAGAGGUUUCUUUGGGUUUGGAAGGAGUAAAACUAGAAGAAAAAGCGCAGGAGAAUCAGAUUAUCAUUCUGACAAAGAAAAUAAAUUGCAGAAGAUGAAGCAAGGAGAAGAGCAGGAAAAAAUGGAGGAUAAAUGUGUGAACGGAGUGGCCUUGAAAAGUGUUCCACGGAAAGAGGAAGAGAAGGCAGGAUUUGCGAGGGAUGAUUCCUUGAAAAGGCGCCCUGCAGGAUCAUUCUCGAGACAGCAGUACACAAGAAGAUCUACAAAGGACAUUAUACGAGAAAUGGAAGCUAGAUCCAAAGGAGACACUGCUCCAAAUGUAAAUAUAAAGAAUGAAAAGCUUGCGAGUAAAGGGUCUGACUCAAAAAGACAAGAACUUCACUUGAACGGUGAACCUCGUGGUGAAGGAGGGAAAAAUAGAAUUAAUAAAAAUGACAAUAGGGAAGUGGAGGAAAAGGCAAAGAUCAAGAGAGAGGAUGAGAAAAAGAAGCAAAAGGAGGAAGAGAAGAGAAAAAAAGAAGAACAACGAAAGAAAAAGGAUGAGGAGAAGAGAAAACAUGAAGACGAUAAGAAGACGAAAGAAGAAGACGAAAGGAAAAGGAAGAAGAAAGAAGACGAGGCUAAGAAGAGAGAACAAGAGAAGAAUUUACACAACAAAAAACAACAAACUACUCCGCAAAACAAGAAAUCCAUAAAGAAAAGUUUAUUGGAUGAGAUAGCGGCGUAAGUAUUUAGUUUUAACGCCUAAAGGAAAAUAUUAAGAUGACGGACAGGCUUCGUUUGCUUCUCAGUUAGGAAAGGGAAGGAAAAACAUCUGCACUAAAGCUAAAAGUGACCUUGUCUCUCUGCUAAAUCAUCAACACCUUUGGACUUUCAGUUGACAUCUUUUCUCUCGUUUGGUUUUGUCAACACAGGUUGUCUCCCGUAGCCAAACGUGCCAUGCCGGUCCUGUCAAAACUGAGCCCUGAAAACGACAAAGAAAACGAAAAGGCGCACGAACAUAGUGUAACGUCAGUAGUGCGGGAUGCCGCCAUGUUAGUCAUGGCAACACCUCUGCUGAUUGACGGAAUAAUACCCAAAAUAGGAACGGACCGAAAGGGAUCUUGGGUAAGGUGCUAAUAUUUUUAUUUAUGACAAAUUAAGGCCAUCCUUCACAAAUUUUCCGUCGCUUGGAGUGUUCUUCUAGUUGUUUCAAUUCUUUGUUUCCUCUGAUAGAAUACACAGACUUCAAAUUUUCUUGAGCAAGCGUUAUGCUUCAUCAAUUUUUACUUUUCUUUUAGCUUGGGAGAAGUAGCGGUCGCGUCCGCGAUGUUGUUAAUCGUUACAACACAUUGAAUGACAUGAAACCCACCUUAGACAAGAUGAAUGGAAAUGCAACUCCCUUGAAAAGGCCGAGAGAUAGGUAUGACUGAUUUUAACACACGAGAUUUACCAUGUAAAUGGAAAUUAUCAUUUUUCCUAUGUCUACCGUUACUCUGUAUUAAUGAAAAUUUGUAAUCGCAAGCAUCAGUUCCUAGCUAUAGCUAGCUUACGGGAAAAAUAUGUCCCGUCGGGCUGGUCUGUUAAUUGAAGGAUGUUUUAACACACUGUGGGUCACUAAGGCAACCGGUUUGCUUGCUAGUUACUGCAUAUCAGCUCACGUCCCGGUCUUUAAUUCAAAUUAAAAGUAAAAAUGGCCUUUGUCAGUUUGUCCUGCAUGCAUGUUCGAUGAAUUUCGCUUUAGCACUGGACUGUGGAGUGAGAAAAACAUUUACAGGAUUGGUACGUACAUGUACUUAACUGUCGUGAUGAUCCUAAUUUACUUUGCUCAUGGCCCUUUUCCGUGAAUAAAUUAUUCUCUUAGAUGUUGUAAUUUCUCUUCUUUCAAGUGUUGAUGGCUCUGAAAGGAAACCAAGAAUGAUAAACGUCGACAACGAAGAAGAGAAAGGAAAUCAGAAAGUGGAAGAUGCAUUUGAUGUAAAACCAACACCUCCCUCAGACAAGAAGAAGACUUUGCAGAUGAAGAAAGAUGAAAAGCUUUUAAUUUCCUCUCCUUCACUGGAAAGGCUUAAAUUAAAGGUAAGCAUUACAAUCAGCAAUUUCACUUGCAUUGAUAAUUGUUUCAUAAACAUAUAAGUAUCUUUAAAGGAAGGGCGCAAAUAGGUAUGAUCUUUUAUCGAAAAUUUGUUACUUUGAUGCAAAAGUUUCAUCCUUUCUUUUCCCGUUUUGCGAGUUCGCUUGCCUUUUUUAUGACUAAAAAAUUUUUUUCAUAUCGAGCAGAUGAGAAUAGAUUCUUUUACCUUUCCUAGCCCAUGCCUUUCAAUCUGUUAUCACUGAGUUGGGCACCUUUUUUUCAGCCUCACGCCAUUCCUCAUGCAACUGAACCUAGCACCUGAGACCUGAAAAUUUUUUAUAUAUAUAUUUUUUAAUCUAGUUACAGGACGAACCAUCUGCCGAUGAUAGAACGUGUUCUACUUCGUUACCAAAUGGACAUGUAACAAAGGACUUUAAUUCUCCUAUGUGGCAAAAAACGGUCAUUGCCCAAGUUGCAGAGCAUCAAGACAAGAGAAAAGAAAACGAGAAUGAGCAUACCACAAAGAUAAAGGGAGAGGUAAGAUUGGAAGAGAGGAUGGGGCUCAUUGUGUUGGUCAUAGUCAAUGAUCUACUAAUCGCAUAAUCGAGAUUAGUGUACACGUGUGAACGCGAAGAUUCAAUAUUGUAGGGCCAGAUGCGACAUUUUCUGGUACUUCUUACCAAGUAAGUACUAGCCCACGAAUCUCUGACAAGGGCUAACGAUCGAAAUGUUUUUAUUUUUAAGGCGAAAGAGAUGCAGCCUGUUCGUACCAAACUCUCAAAACAAAAGCGGCGGUCGUCCGUGUUGCCUUCUGAAGCGAUGGAGGAAAAACUGGUGAAUCUACUGAACAGUACUACAGCUGAGAGAGGAAGGCGGUCCAUUAAAUACAUGAUAAGUCUCUUCAGGUACAAAAUUUUGAAAUCUUUUACUAUAUUUUCCGGGUGUUUGGCGGCAAAAAAGAUGGCGCAUAGUAUCACAAUUUAGGUUACGGUUCACAAUAUGUUGCAUGUAGUGACAGUUUCUCGUCCGGUAUAAGGAAACAUUUCAACAUUUAGUGAAUUAUCAAACACAGGGCUGUUCAGAUAACGAUAUUACAAUCGUGCUUAUUACUGCGGAUAGGUUAAUAUUUUGUUAUGGUUUUAUAAAGCUGGUGUAAAAAUGAGUUUCCCUAAAAAAAUCAUAUGGAAUAAAUUUUGGAUUAUUUUAAACUUUGACUGGGAAGAUUUUACAUCUGAAACCUCAACGUCCAUUCUGGGUCUGGCCUUGUUGCUUUCCUAUCCUUUAUUUUUUCCUCUCGAGUUCUUCAUGGUAAAAUGUAUGCAAAAGAACUUAGAUUUAAAAAAAUCUCUGUUUACCCAUCAUGGCCAGUCCCUCCGUUCUGUAUAAAACGAAAUGUCCCCUUCGUUUUAAGUUUGAAAAUAAUUUUAAAAAUUCCACUUAGGGUUUUAAUGACAUGUUUUCUUAGAUUGACCUAUUUCAUAUUUGUUGUCUACAAUUUUCCAGGCAAAUUCAGAAAAACCCGACCGAUGAAAGAUACUACAGGAUUUUCAAGGGAAGAGCGAGGUUUAGAAAACACGUUUGGUCUUUGAGGAACGCCAAGCUGUUCAUGACUUCAAGCGGUUGGACAGAGGUAUCACUUCAAUUUAACUGCAACUUAAAAAGCGGUAUUCUUUUAGUAACAAAUGCGGAGAAGACUGGCUUUACGACCGUUAAUUCCUGAAUAACCUCCUAUUAGCAUGUGAAGUUUGCAGCGCUUAGACAACCAGCUGUAGGGGUUUUUUUUGGGGGGGGGGGGGGGAGAGAGGGAAGGGAGGAUGAGUUGAGAGAGAGUGAAAGUUCUCAAAUUAUUCUCAAGAAGUAAAAGUUCAGUCUCAUGAACCAUUUCAAGUUGCUCAUUUCUAUUGAUCCUAAGGCCAGAGUAAUAUUAUCUUUAGUCAUAUAAGGUUUCUCUUCUUGCAGAUUGGCAGUUUCAUUGUAUUUCCGUUAUCGAAGCAGACUGAGGGACCAAUGAUACUGCUUAACAAGUACCUGAGGUACAUGGUUUUUUUUUUUUUUUUGCUUGGCUGCUCAGCUUUCUUCUGAUGCACCGUGCCCUCUUCUUGGAGUACAGAUUUUCGUUUUAGGACCCUUUUUUUCUCAGAGAUGUUUAUGAAUUUGAUUUCUUAAACAGGUGACUUGGGCUACUUGUAAAGGUUGUGGAUAAUCAAAAAGCAUAUCUCGGUUUAAAAACUCCUUCUUUAGGGUUAGAAGCAAAUAAACGCAAAAUUGAGCGCCUACAGCGAGAGAGACCAAGUAAUGGUACUAAUAUAAAAAUAGCCAUACAAGAAGAUGAACUUUUGUUACUGUGAAAAACUGCACAUAAAAGGUAGUGAUAAGACGUACAAACUGCUUUGUUUAGGAAGCUGGUAUAAUAUGCUACAAAGCGUUGAAUCUAAUGCCAAAUUUCAAGAUUUCAUCAGUUUUAAAAUUAUUUCUUUGUUUAUUUGUUAGUAUAACAGAGGAGAAAAUUAAAGAAGAGAGCAGUGUUCCCCCAAAGAGAGAUGCUCCGAACCUGCGUAGGGCGAAUUCCUCAGAUUUGGCAGAGAGAAUACUGGAACUGAAAGAAGCUUUAUCUUCACCUAGGAACAAUUUGAGCACGAAGACAAAAUCUGGUGGCACUAAUGACAGUAGAGGUUUAAGAGUAUUGCAAAGAACAGUAUCGCUGGAUGAGGUAAACAUUCGGCUAAGAGCGAAAACUGGCGUGUCUGGGACUUCACUGAAGGAAUAUUCAACAUCCAGGAAAAGGGAAUUGUCACAGAAACUGCGCAGUCAUCUGGAUCAAGGUAACGUCAACAAGCCAAACAAAUUACGGCGCUCUGUGAGUGAAAACUCACUAUUGGAAUCAAGUGAACCUUGCGAUAACUUUGAGAUAAUUUCAUCACGAGUAAUUGACAGAGAUGAACAAUCACAAAAACAGCAAGUCUAUUCGGACCAGGUGGAUGAAAACAAACCAAGUAAUCUUCGUCGUUCUGUGAGCGAAAAUACUCUUUUGGAAGCAGGUGCAACUUGCGAUAAUCUUGGGCCAACUUCAUCACGAUUUACUGACAGCGAUAAUUCAUCACAAAAGCUGCAUAAGCAUACGGAAAAAGAGGAUGAAAACAAACCUGGUAAUCUUCGUCGUUCUGUGAGUGAAAACAUGCUUCUAGAUUUGCCUGAAACUAGUCAUUCGGAUAGAGUAGAUGAAAAGAAACUAGGAAAUCUUCGUCGUUGUGUGAGUGAAGACACAUGUCUAGAGUCAACUGAAACUAGCGAUAACUGCGGACCUAUUUUCUCUCCAUUUACAAGGCGAUUCUCUCAAAGGCGCGUCGAAGAACAAGAGGUGUCGUGCGAUCUACUUAUGGAGAAUCCAAUACACUCGGAAAUUUCCACUGUUGGCAUCACUUCAGAUGAAGAAGAUUUCCCCACAAGUAGUGCAGUAAAUUCGCAUUCUGAGCGGUUAGAGGUUCGCUCGCCGCAAGAGGCCGUUCUAGAUGAAGCAGACCAACUGUCCUCCGUUUUGGGAAAUCUUAUUGACACCUUAGGAAGCUCUACAGAAAACGAGAGAGAGGCUGACUCGGAGAAAGAGACAACAGACAAACCUAAGAAGAACAAAACGAGUCGAAAAGCCAAAGACGAGCACAAAGAUGAGGAACUGGAAACUUUAUGUGAAACACUGGACAUGUUAAUCAAUGACACAAGCAGCGACUCCUCCUCUGAGAGUCAGAAGAAGGCGUAUAAAGAAAGGAAAACACGUAAUCAAGAAGAACGCCGUAAAACUGCUUUUAAACCUCCCCUGCCCCCGACCCAAAGGACCAAGCAGCAGCAGGGGAAAAGUAAAAGCGUAGAAACUGUUCAAAGCGGCUCUAAACGAAGAUCGACAACGGAUGGCCGUGUAAGGCAUGGACGAAUUUCACAAGCGAAGAGCGUCGAUAUAGCGGCGUCAACGAGUAACACGAGACGAAAGGAUAGGACUUCUGGAAGUGCUGACUCGAAGGUGACAAAGACAAAGACAAAGACACAACAACGACAAGGAAGUUCAACACGAACAUACAUUACGAGGCAAAACGAAACGAGUAACCCUAAUGCUUCUCGUGCGACUAAUCGAAAAGAAAACUUGUCAAGUAAACUAAACUCUGAUGCAAUAUCGUCACAAAGAAUUUCGAAACGACUUGCCACAAAAAGCAAGAGUGUUGAUUUGGAAAGGUCAAGAACGCGGCCUCCAGUGGCAAAGACAAAGAGUGUAGAUCAUCGAAGAAACGGAGUGAAAAGAAAUAGGUUUGGACGUUCGGCAAGCGGCAGAGACGGCGACAAAGCACUACGGCAGAGCAUAACCGAACAAAGUCCAGUGAAGUCAAGAAUUCAGACUAAGAGAGAAAACCCUCGCGCUUCUCUAGCUGAGCAUUCAAAGGGUAAGACAGAAGAGGAAAACAAUGAAGAGUCGCCUGAGCUUCUUCACGAAAAUACCAUCACAAAAGACGCUUCAUCGCAGGAGGACGGUUUUACGGUACAUGUGCCCAUUGAUGACAACAGUGUCAAUGAUGCUGAAAGCCUGGCUUUACUUGGUAAAACAUCAGACAGUUGCAUUGCAAAAGAUCAAGACGUGACUGACGUGGGAAGAAACAGUGAAAACGAGCCUGAGAAAGAGAUUGCUGAAGAUCAUCCCUGCUGCGAAUCUGUCGUCCGAAAAAACCACGUUUCUGAUGAAACAGAAUCAUCUCAAGGAAACAGUGACGAAAUCAUUAAGGUAUCGAAUUCUGUUCAGACCUAUUCCCAUGAAAACGAAGUUUUUCUAAACAAUGAUGUCCAAGGUGAGAAUGUGGACGCGAAAAAUCUCGGAAAUUGCCAGAAAGAAAAGCAAAUGACUGCAAGUAAUGGGGAACUUCGUAAGCUUGUCAAUUCUGGGAAGGAGCAAUCAACGGCAAAUGGAAGCCUUAAAGAUAUGGACACGCAUACGCAGAAAAAAGAAGAUAGAAACCCCAGCAUCACUCAAAACGGCAACACAGAGUUCAUUGUACCUCAAUCAGAAAAUCGUAAAAUGACUUUGUUGGAUCUUGGAAAACAACAAUCCAGAGAAAGAUCAACUAGAAAAGAAGCAAUGUCGCUUUCGCUUGAAGAACGAAAACAACUAAUGCGAGAUGCCAGUGUCACUAAACCAAAAUCUAAACCUGCUGAUAAAAGAAGAAGUAUUCUACAAAUUAAGAGCCGAAAUGACGGUAAUCUGGUAAAAAACAAAAAGCAGGCCUUUGAAAAACCCAAAGAGGCUCAUUCAGCUUCAGACGGCUCUGAUGUGAAAACUUCUAAGCAACGGCAUUUCCGCUUACCGGGUAGAAGGAGAAAGUCGUUUGAGCUCUCAAGUGAACCUUUAGAGGUUUUAGCUGAAGAUCAAGAGGAAGUAUUUGAAGAGAUGCCGACUGCAAAUGAAAUAAAAACUCCUACAAAGGCCAACAGCAGUUGGAGGGAUGCCUCCUCUAACAAUGGCGAGAUCCCAGAGCUAAAUAACUCUAGCGGAGAAAAAAUUGAGAAAGUUGAGAAAGGAAAAAGUCAUUCCCCAGUCAAAAUAAGCCCAUUUCAGAUACGUUUUACAAAACGAAAAGGUUCUUACGAUUUAGAAAAAAGAGCAAGCUUAGAAGGCAUCGUGGAAUCACCAAAAAAAAUUUCAGGCGAUUGCGAGUGAGAGAUCUACCCUACUCAAAUAUAUCAGUUAAUUAGACUUUUCUUGGAAAUAAUACAAGGAGUCAACACAUUCCUGCUUUCUGAGAAGAAAAUGCCAAUACGACUUUCCGUUUGAUCAACUUAGUUGCAAGAAAUUCAACAAAAUAAUUAAGAUGGACAUAUGCUAAUAUUCUCAGAGUUAAAACGCAGCCAUAUUUCUCUGUCUAAGACAGACUUUAACUAGAAACAGUUCAAGACAGCUGGAGAAACGUGACAAGAGCA